GCCGUCAUGUUCGGACGAGAGUUCUGCUACGCCAUGGAGACGGCGCUGGUCACACCUGUACUGCUGCAGAUAGGUCUUCCAGAGCAAUAUUACAGCCUGACAUGGUUCCUGAGCCCCAUCCUGGGUCUGAUCUUCACGCCUCUGAUCGGCUCGGCCAGUGACCGUUGCACGCUGCGCUGGGGCCGCAGACGGCCCUUCAUCCUGGCGCUGUGUGUUGGCGUCCUGCUGGGCGUCGCGCUCUUCCUCAACGGCUCGCUGAUAGGUCUUGCUAUGGGAGACGUGCCAAAUAACCAGCUGAUAGGAAUCGUGAUGACUGUUUUGGGGGUGGUGGUGCUGGAUUUCUGUGCGGAUGCGACGGAGGGUCCCAUACGAGCAUAUCUGCUGGACGUGGCUGACACUGAGGAACAGGACAUGGCCCUCAACAUCCACGCCUUCUCUGCAGGGCUCGGAGGGGCGGUUGGUUACGCCCUCGGUGGUCUUGACUGGACGCACACAUUCUUGGGUCGAACCUUCAAGUCUCAAGAGCAAAUUCUGUUCCUGUUCGCCGCGGUUUUGUUCACUGUUUCCGUGGCUCUGCACCUGUUCAGCAUCGAGGAGCAGCAGUUCAGCCCUCAACAGGACCGUCUGGAUGAAGAGGCAGAAACCGAAUCCAGUGUUAAAAUCGCAGCACACCAACCCCAGCUCGAAAUGAUCCAUGAAGACGAGUCCUACGAGCAUUACGACCUCUACGCGGACCGGCGAUCAGAGCGAGAGCUGGACAUGGACUUUUUAGAUGUGGACAUCGUUCGAAGUAAAAGCGACUCCGUUUUGGCGAUGGCCGACGCUACGCUGGACCACCACGACAUGCUGUUUCUGCGUGAAAUCGAGCCGUCUAUCUUCCAAGAUCGCAUUUCUUCCUAUCACGGGUCGCUGCCACGGCGCAGCAGCAGUGUAGAGAGCCAAGAGUUCCUGCGCGGAAAAUUCAGCCGACUGUCUGCGUUUCUGCAGCAGGCCGAACGUGACGGAGAAGAAGCUCUGCUUAACAGUCAGCUCAACCAAUCCAAAGCGCCCAACGGACAUACGACGGACCUCAACGGCCACGGGCCGCCCGGUAUCAAUCCCUCCAGCACCAACGCAUCCAUGCACCGCAGACGCCACACAUUCUACCGACAGUCGUCAUGCACCUUCUCCUACUACGGCCGGGUCGGAUCCCACCGCUACCGUUACCGGCGCGCCAACGCCGCGUUCCUCAUCAAACCGUCCCGCAGCAUGAACGAUAUCUACGAGAUGGAGAAGCGGCAGAAACAGAGGAACGGACAGAGAGCGAGGCACCAGAGCGGGAACACCAACUCCAGCGGGGACACGGAGAGCGAGGAGGGCGAGGCCGAGACCACUGUCCGUCUGCUCUGGAUGUCCAUGCUGAAGAUGCCCAAAGAGCUGUUCAGACUGUGCGUGUGUCAUCUGGUCACGUGGUUCUCCAUCAUCGCAGAGGCCGUGUUUUACACCGACUUCAUGGGGCAGGUCAUCUAUGAGGGCGACCCAACGGCCCCGCUGAACUCCACCGCCCUUCAUAACUACCACAGAGGGGUUCAGAUGGGCUGCUGGGGGCUGGUGAUUUACGCCACCACCGCCGCCAUCUGUUCAGCUGUACUGCAGAAGUACCUGGAUAACUUUGACCUCAGCAUAAAGGUCAUCUACAUCCUGGGCACUCUGGGCUUCGCCAUCGGUACGGCUGUCAUGGCGAUCUUCCCCAAUGUCUACGUCUCCAUGGUGAUGAUCAGCAGCAUGGGUAUCAUCUCCAUGAGCAUCUCAUACUGUCCGUACGCUCUGCUGGGCCAGUAUCAUGAUAAUAAAGAGUACGUCCAGCACAGCCCCGGCAACUCCAAGCGAGGUUUCGGCAUUGACUGCGCCAUCCUCUCGUGUCAGGUGUACAUCUCUCAGAUCCUGGUGGCGUCGGCGCUGGGCGCGGUGGUGGACGCGGUGGGCAGCGUGUGUGUCAUUCCCAUGGUGGCUUCCGGCGGCUCCUUCCUGGGCUUCCUGUCCGCCUGCUUCCUCGUCAUCUACCCGGGCUCCGGCGGAGAGACUGAGCAGACGCGGGCGCUGACGUCCCCCAAUAACAAUGCCGUGACCGAGAAGCCCAGCUUCCUCAAGCUCACACGCAAAGGCGCCGCCGCCACCACCUGCAAAGUGGAGUGCGAAUCCACGCUGUGAAAGCGAUCAGAUGACGGCGAACAUCUAAUGCUGUGUUCACACUGCACCAUUUUAGCCCCGACUUUCACUCGCCGACAGGUUUUGCGAAAUCACCAACGAAUGCCCAAAAUUGGAGGCAAAUCGGUGCUCGUUCAUGUGAGUGACAAUUAUCAAAGAUGCAAUCAGAGAAUCGCCGACGCCCGUGAAAUAUUUAACAUGCUACACUAGGGCUGCACGAUU